GCCAGGCUCAGCCGGGGCUCCUCGGCGGCCGCGGCCAUGACGCAGGGUCCGGGUGGCCGCGCGGCCCCCGAGCCCGAGGCGCCCACCACCUUCUGCGCGCUGCUGCCGCGUAUGCCGCAGUGGAAGUUCGCGGCGCCCGGUAGCUUCCUGGGCCGCGGUCCUGCGGCGGCGCGCGUGGCGGGGGCGGCAGAGGCGCAGCCCGAACCCGUGGUCCCCGCGCUGGCCGCUGUGCUGGGCGCCUGCGAACCGCGCUGCGCCGCGCCCUGUCCGCUGCCCACGCUCGGCCGCUGCCGGGGCUCGGGGACGCGGGGCGCGCGGGUGACUCCGGAUGUCGCCGACGAGUGGGUGCGCAAGGGCGGCUUUAUUCACAAGCCGGCGCACGGCUGGCUGCACCCCGAUGCCAGAGUCCUGGGGCCCGGGGUCUCUUACAUCGUUCGGUACAUGGGCUGCAUUGAGGUGCUCCGAUCCAUGCGUUCCCUGGAUUUCAACACCCGAACACAGGUGACGAGGGAAGCCAUCAAUCGGCUCCAUGAGGCUGUGCCAGGUGUCAGAGGCUCCUGGAAGAAGAAGGCCCCCAACAAGGCGCUGACCUCCAUCUUGGGGAAAAGCAACCUGCGCUUCGCCGGCAUGAGCAUCUCAGUCAACAUCUCCGCGGACGGCCUUAACUUGUCUGUUCCCGCCACCCGCCAGAUUAUCGCCAACCAUCAUAUGCAGUCUAUUUCCUUCGCCUCGGGUGGUGACACGGACAUGACUGAUUACGUGGCCUAUGUGGCCAAGGACCCCAUCAACCAGAGAGCCUGCCACAUCUUGGAGUGCUGUGAGGGUCUUGCCCAGAGCGUCAUCAGCACCGUAGGGCAAGCCUUUGAGCUGCGCUUCAAGCAAUACCUGCACAGUCCGCCCAAGGCUGUAGUGCCCCCUGAAAGGCUGACUGGGCUGGAGGAGUCGGCCUGGGGUGAGGAGGAGGCUGCCGCAGACCACAAUUACUACAACAGCAUUCCAGGAAAGGAGCCGCCUCUGGGUGGGCUGGUGGACUCCAGACUGGCUGUCACACAGCCCUGUGCGCUGGCGACCCUCGGGGGCCUUGGACAGGGAGUGUCACCGGCAUGGAGAGAUGUCCGUGGCUUGCCUUGGGACAUGGGCCCCUCUGGAACAGUUCCGCCUGGGGAUGGCUACGUGCAGGCAGAUGCUCGAGGACCACAUGACUAUGAGGAGCACCUGUAUGUUAACACCCAGGGCCUGGACACAAUGGAGCUUGAGGACACCUCUGAGACACCUCUACAGCUUGAGGAUAGCCCCAAGAAGGACCUGUUUGACAUGCGACCCUUUGAAGAUGCCCUGAAGUUGCACGAGUGCUCAGUGGCAGCAGGUAUCACUGCAGCCCCGCUCCCUUUGGAGGACCAGUGGCCCAGCCCCCCUACCCGCAGGGCCCCCAUUGCACCCACAGAGGAGCAAUUGAGGCAGGAGCCCUGGUAUCAUGGACGAAUGAGCCGGCGGGCUGCAGAGAAGCUGCUUCGUGCCGAUGGGGACUUCCUUGUGAGAGACAGCAUCACCAACCCGGGGCAGUAUGUCCUCACAGGCAUGCACGCGGGGCAGCCCAAGCACCUGCUGCUGGUGGACCCUGAGGGAGUGGUGCGGACAAAGGAUGUGUUGUUUGAGAGCAUUAGCCACCUCAUAGACUACCACCUGAAGAACGGGCUGCCCAUCGUGGCUGCUGAGAGCGAGCUGCAUCUGCGGGGAGUGGUCUCUCGGGAGCCAUGAGCCAGGUGACAGUCCUCAGCCCAACUUCUACCCCCAGAUGCCCUUGCUGUGGCCUUGAGGGCUCAGCCUUUUUCUCAGACCCUGAAGCCAUGAGAACCAGAAUGGUUACCACCUCUCCUUCCGCAUGAGCCUCAGGAAGCCGCCUUUUCCCAGCUGUGCUCGCUCUGCUGGCUGGGCCAGUGAGACAGAGUCGGGGUUCAAGCCCCCGGUCCCACCUGAGCCCCAACCCUGAACUUGGGUGAGGCCGUAUAAACCAAAGACAGACCGAGUCGCCUUUAACAAAAACAUCCAACUGCAGACCCAGUGCCUCUGGUCCCUAGUGGGGUAGAGACAUCAGGCUGUGUCCACAGAGUUGGUGUGUAUCACUCAGUGUGGGCAGGUGUAGUCCUGCCCUUGCUGGGCUUUGAGGGCCUAGAUGCACUGUUGCUUUUGGGGGUGAUUAAGGUGCUUUGGGGUCUCAGAUCCCUGAUGGGGGAGCGGCCUAGCUUUGGAUGCUCUACAUCCAGGUGAGUGAGAGGCAGAGGCGCCUCAGCGAGGUGUGGUACCCACUCAGCACCGCCCAGCUGCCACCUGCCUGGACCUUCAACUGUAAUAAACAUGGGGCUGAGUGUGAGCCUGCUGUGCCCGCUGUUCCCGCUGUGCCUGCUAGGGAGUCCCAGGUGGACAGCGGGGAAGCAGUAUGCAGCUCCAGGGCUGGAGUAGACAGUGGGCUAGGUGGGCCUGUGGGUUCUGACCUCCUGCAGCACCCUACCCCCUGUACCCCAACAGUGAACAAGCCUCUGUUUUUUUUACUCCAAGAUAAAUCAGCCACUCUCUCUGUUUGGUAUUUCCUCAGCCCCUUCUUGGAAAAACUGUGGCUUACCUCCUAGGGGCCUCACCUGGGGAUUCCUGCACACAGGGCCCACUUAGGAUGACUGGGCUCCUCUGUGUGGUUCUGGAGUACCUGCCAGGGAUGGCAUGGGGAUAAAUGUUUGGUCUUAUGCUCCAAACAUGAGACGUCAUUAAAGUCAGAGUUACAGGUCA